AUGAAAUUGAUAAUUUCGCAUGACCAGCAAAUCGUCGAGUUGCAGCAGACCAACAAACUCGAAGUGUCCCAGAUGCAAAAGUCGGCUACGGAAAAACAGAUCGAGCUCACCCAGAGGGUGUUGGUAUUGGAAAAUGAACGUGAUUUGUUGAAGUUCGAGAGGGACUUACUGAAAGAAGAGAACCAGCGAUUGAUCGAGGACAAAAAGCUACAGAAUACAAGUUUGGGUUACCAAAAGCUAUUGGACGAAGUAGAAUCGUUGAGGACCGUACUAGAAUUGAAGAGUUCUGAGAUGCAAGAUCUCCGUAAGCAAAACGAAAAAUUACAGAGAGAAGGCGACGAUUUACCAGCAAUUUUGCAAAAAUUAGAAGCGGCCCAGUCUCGAGUUGAAGAUUUAAACGUACAGCUACAGAGAAAGUCAGAAAUUGAAAUUCAACUCAGUCAAGAAAAAGAUCAAAUGGCUCGGGAAAUCAACUUGGAAAAACAAAAGAAGAAACGGCUUUCUUGCUACAACUCCGGAUGCACUUGCUUCAACACUUUGUAA